UUUGUUCGGUAAACUAAGGUGACCAAGCCAGCAGCUCCUGCCGUGUAUAAAACUUCUCUUAAACACUUUCUUUCUCCUUUCACUCUCUAAAGUCUCCACUUUUGGAGGCAAAUGAAAUGGUGCUGGUCCUCUUCGGAAUCUUGACCCAAAGGGGACUGCCAACGUCUCACUUCUGUUAGAUCAAAAGUUUCCUUUUUGCACCAACCGGAGUCUAGUCAGCAGCCAUGAAGUGUUUUACAUUCUCCUAUGGAGAGAAAAAAGAAGAGCCAAAAGGCUUGCCGUCAACAUCGGGCCGGUCAGAGAAUUCCAUGUAUAGUGAUAUUAGAAGAUCUGGUUCUGAGUUAAAUUCUCAGGAAGUUUCAGACAAUGGCAGCACAGAAUCUCUCAGGAGGAAUGCAAUAUCCAGUUUGUCCCAGAGGUCCAGCAACCUCAGAGUGUUUACUGUUUCUGAACUGAAAUCAGCCACAAGGAAUUUCAGUCGCUCUGUUAUGAUCGGAGAGGGCGGCUUUGGGUGUGUCUACCUGGGAUUGAUUAAAAGUGUGGAGGUCCCCUCUGGAAGAAUUGAAGUUGCUGUUAAACAGCUUAGUAAAAGGGGAAUGCAGGGGCACAGGGAAUGGGUGACAGAAGUGAAUGUUCUGGGUGUUGUUGAGCAUCCGAAUCUUGUGAAACUAGUGGGUUAUUGUGCAGAAGAUGAUGAAAGAGGAAUCCAGCGGCUUCUGAUUUAUGAAUACAUGCCUAACAGAAGUGUGGAACACCAUUUAUCCCAUCGAUCAGAGGCUCCUCUCUCAUGGAGUAGGAGAUUGAAAAUAGCACGAGAUGCAGCUCGUGUAUUAACAUACCUGCAUGAAGAAAUGGGUUUUCAGAUAAUUUUCAGAGAUUUCAAAUCUUCAAAUAUCCUUUUGGAUGAACAAUGGAAUGCAAAGCUCUCAGACUUUGGGUUGGCAAGGUUGGGACCAUCGGAUGGACUGACUCAUGUCUCAACAGCGGUUGUAGGAACAAUGGGAUAUGCAUCUCCAGAAUAUGUUCAAACUGGACGUCUAACAUCAAAGAAUGACGUGUGGAGCUACGGUGUCUUCCUUUAUGAACUCAUCACCGGUAGGCGCCCUAUAGAUCGAAAUCGCCCCAGGGGUGAGCAGAAGCUCUUGGAAUGGAUAAGGCCAUACCUAUCAGAUGGGAGAAAAUUUCAACUAAUAUUAGACCCAAGACUAGAUAAGAAACAAAUCUUCAAAUCAGCCCAUAGACUCUCUAUGAUAGCAAACCGAUGCUUGGUAAAAAAUCCAAAGAAUCGCCCAAAGAUGAGUGAGGUAUUGGAAAUGGUGAAUGGGAUGUUAGAAUCUUCCUCAUCCCGUUCCAGUCCACCAUUGCCCUUGAGGAGUGUGGCAAGAGUGGAAACUUCCCAGGAUACUGAAACAAAUAACAAGAAACGGACCAUGGAUCAGAAGCCUGGAGAAAGUAAUUGGUUUGCUAGGAUGUGGAGACCAAAGCUUGUUAGAACAUGUUGAUUAUUGCAAUUUAAAGCCGUCAAGCCUGAGCAAAAUUUCUUCAUGAUUAGAUAAGAGCUCAUGCAUGAUAUGGUGUCUCCAGCCAUGCUACCAUAAACAAUGUGUGCAACUUUUCCCUUAAUAGGAUGUGUAUAAAUCUGCCAUCACAUACUACUUACCAAGUACCAUAGGUGUUUCUUUCUUGUCAAGUUAUUGAGGAAAUUUUCUGCGAUGAUUUAUGAACUUAAAGAGAGACUACAGGUUUCUGAUGUAAAAUAGUUUAGCUAUACUUUUAAAUUAAUCUUUAGCC